AUGGAGCGCCGCGACGAAAAGGCAACCCAGAUCGCCCGCCGCCUGGCCGAACACCAGCGCCGCAUGCUGAACCUGGCUAUCCAACUGCAGGCGCUGUAUGAGGGGCGCCGGGAGGAUGUUACGGCGCUGGGGAAGGAGGUUGGUGCUGGACGGGAGGAACGGGAUGGGGGUGAGAGACGUGAGGGCGGAGACAAAGUGGGGGGUCUGCUUGGGUUUGGGCCGGGUUGGAGGGAGAAGACCUUGAACCCGAACCCAGCCAUGCAGCUCCGGUACUGGGAUAUUGUUGACUGA